AAAUUUUGAAACCAGUAUUCGCCACACUGCACCAAGCAAAUCACAUCUUAGUGGGUUACCUUGAUGACACCAUCAUUAUUGGUAACAAUAAGGCCAAAGUACACAAGGCAAUUGAUGCUACGGUUAGCCUUUUAUCACAGCUUGGGUUUGUUAUUCACCCUGAUAAGUCGGUACUCAAACCAUUACAGGAACUUACCUUCCUUGGAUUUGUACUUAAUUCAGUGAAUAUGUCCAUUACACUUCCUUCUGACAAGGUAAAUGAAGUUAAAAAGUGUUGCUCAGACCUCCUCCAAACUAACUUGCCUAGUAUUAGAGCAGUCUCCAGAACAAUUGGGAAAAUUGUAGCAACAUUCCCUGCUGUCCAAUAUGGUCCGCUUUUCUAUCGGGCUUUAGAAUCAGACAAAAUUGUAGCACUGAAAAUUAACAAAGGUCAUUUUGAUAGGCCCAUGCAACUUUCGCAGGCAGCUCGGUACGAUCUUGAAUGGUGGAUAGCAAACCUGCACAUUGUAUACUCGUCUAUUCUGAGAAAAGAACUGGACCUGGAGUUGUACUCCGAUGCAAGUGGUUCGGGAUGGGGAGCUAAGUGUAUGGAGCUAAAUUCUAGCACAGGUGGGCGAUGGAAUGCCGAGGAGCUUGUCAAGGCUAAGAAUAAUGAGAUUAAUUAUCUUGAGUUACUGGCAGCCUUUCUCGGACUAAAGUCCUUUUGUACAUCUAUGAAAAAUGUCCAUAUCCUACUACGCAUAGAUAAUGUAACUGCAGUUACCUAUCUCCAGCAUAUGGGGGGUACUAGAUCAUGCAGUUGCAAUGAAAUUGCAAAUACAAUCUGGAAAUGGUGUUUAGAGAGAAAUAUUUGGCUGUCUAUUUCCUAUAUUCCAGGCAAGCUAAACGUAGAAGCUGACAAGCUGUCUCGGAAAUUCAAUGAUAGGACAGAGUGGACACUGGAUAAGCAAGCUUUUAACCAAAUUACUCAUUACUUUGGCUCCCCAGAUAUUGACUUAUUUGCAUCUCGACUGAAUAAUCAAUUGCCAAGGUAUGUCUCUUGGCUACCUGAUCCUAGUGCAUUCUCGGUUGAUGCAUUCUCCCUAAACUGGGCCAAGUUUAAUUUUUAUGCCUUCCCACCAUUCUGUCUCAUACCAAGUUGCUUGCAGAAAAUUCUGAAUGACAAAGCUACGGGCUUACUAGUUGUCCCAAAUUGGCCCUCACAGUCUUGGUUUCCCUUGCUCCACAUUAUGACAGUAGGGAAACCUGUAGAAAUUAAGAGGAGAAAAGGGUUACUAACUCUACCUUUCUCAAAUGUCACUCACCCCUUUUGGGAUCGCAUUGAUCUAUUAUGUUGCAGGAUCUCCGGAAACCUUUCAAGAGACUGAAUAAAAAGACUACGGAGAUCAUAAUGUCUUCAUGGAGAGACUCUACUAAAAAUCAAUACUGUAUCUACAUAAGAAAAUG